ACCCCACUCUAUUCACAGCAUUAGACAUCCCGGUUGUGUGACUGACCACAGUCCAGUGUGAAGGACGCUGACGACAACAGAGGAAGUGCUUCAUUGUGACCGUAGGCUCACAGCUAACUCUCAAACAUAAUGUCUGGAAACGUCGAUGAAGAGGAGGCCAACGUCACCCACACAGGCCCAAAGGGAGUGAUCAAUGACUGGAGGAGGUUUAAGCUUGAGAGCAUGGACCAGGAGUCCCUGCCCCCCCAGAAGAGAGAGCUGCUCAGGCAGAUGUCCUCCCCACACAGGCCCAAAGACGACGGCAGGGGAGGCCUCAACCGCAAGAUGAGUGUUCAGGAGUAUGAGCUGAUUAAGGAGGAUGACGAGAAGUGCAUGAAGAAGUACCGCAAGCAGUGCAUGCAGGAGAUGCACGAGCGCCUCAGCUUCGGUCCCAAGUUCGAGGGCGUGUACGAGCUGGACAGCGGCGAGGCAUUUCUGGAGGUCAUUGAGAAGGAGCACCGGCUCACCGUGGUGGUAGUGCACAUCUACAAGGAGGGGAUCAAAGGUUGCGAUGCGCUCAACUCCUGCCUGGACUGCCUGGCCACUGAGUACACUAGCGUCAAGUUUUGCAGGAUCGACGCCGGGGUGACUGGUGCGGGGGAGCGCUUCACUGAUGACGUCCUGCCCACCAUGCUGGUGUAUAAGGCUGGCGAGCUGCUGGGGAACUUCCUGGCCACCAACCAGCACUUCAACGAGGAGUUCUUCGCCACCGACGUGGAGGCUUUCCUCAACGGCUACGGCCUGCUGCCGGAGAAAGAUUUAGUCGUUGGGGGAGAGGAGGAGGAGGCAGCCGUGGAUGUGGAGGCAGUGGAGUGAAUGGGUUGUGGAAGAGAGGUGUGUGGAGGAGGAGAUGGAGGACAGGGGUUUAUGGUGGGGAGGAGUGAAGAGGUUCUGGAAGAGAGGUGUGUGGAGGAGGAGAUGGAGGACAGGGGUUUAUGGUGGGGUGGAGUGAAGGGGUUGUGGAAGAGAGGUGUGUGGAGGAGGAGAUGGAGGACAAGGGGUUUAUGGUGGGGUGGAGUGAUAAAGGGUUGGUGGGGUUGAAGGAGGGAAGUGUGUGGAGGAGGAUAUGGUUUUGUGAUGGAUUGAUGCUUGUUUUGUGUAACAGAGUAGCAGACGCACACAGACUGGGUUGACUGCACUAGAGGGGCCUGAGCGUACUGUAGAAGGAGUCCAUUCCCUAAAUAAGGGAUCAUUUCAAUGUUCAUCCAGGGAAGAAACGUCAGCAGCCUGAUUACGGGUGGCCUGUGUACCUGAUGUGGAUUAGGGUUUGCAUUCCUACUAGAAAAGGACCGUUCCAGUUAACUUAUUGUUGGGAGCCAAAGUUGAUCUAUUAUUAGGCUACAUGUAUGAAAGGGGGAAAACAUGAUAUCACAUAUUGGGCCGAUUCUGAUUAGGAUUACUCUGGGUCCAGGACACCAGCCUAUGGUGUUUCUGGGUAAUAUUUAAUAUAUUAUAUAUAUGUUAUAUUUUCAAGUCUUUAGAAUGAUAUUUUUUUCAAGGUUAAAUUACAUAUUUAUUUUAGGUAUUUACAAACGCUGUAAGAUUCUAUAAUAUUUAAUAAAACAAAACAUGAAUAACACGAAAAAAACAAACAAAAAAAAAACGUGUAAUUCAAUUGCUCAUUAAUGAAUUUUGUAACAUUGUUCGAACAUUUGGAAAAUGAUCCAUGUGUCAACUAAGACUAACUUGCCAACUGAUUUUAGAAAAUGCUACAUAGCCAGUGCAGUAGUUCCACACACUUAUCUGGAAAAGCCAUUGACAAGCGGCCUGUUACAUGAACCAUUCAAUCAUCACCU